AUAUCUUUUUGUUAAAAUUAACGAGAUUAACAAAUCUGUUUUUUCCAUCGCCCAUCGCCAAUCAUAUGGCAAAAUCUGAACUAGCAUAUAAAGUGAAACAUCAGAAUAAUGUAAAAUUAAUGCCUUUAGAUAUAUUAUAUACAUUUAAAAAACAAGGACUACUCUGUGAUGCCAUAUUGACAAACAAAGAUGGAAGGGAAUUUCAAGUUCAUCGGUCAGUAAUGGUAACUUGCAGUCCCUACUUUGAAGCUCUUUUUGCAAGACCUGUCAAUGAAGUUUUUAGAAGAAAAAUAACUAUUCCUGACAUAUCAGCAGAGAUACUGAGCAUUAUCAUUGAAUAUGCUUACACUCGGUGCAUCGAAAUUCAUUUCAAUAAUGUUUAUCAGCUCCUGAAGACGGCUGAUCAAUUCAUCAUCGUCAAAAUGAAAAAGAUGUGUUGCGAAUUUCUCAUAAAAAAUAUAAGUAAAAAAAAUUGCAUAACAAUAAAAAGAUAUGCAAAAUUAUACAAUUGUAAAUAUUUAGAAGAAGAGGCGAAAAAGUAUUUGUUGGUCAAUUUCGUCAACGUCAUCAAAGAAGCUGAAUAUUUAAGUUUACCGGUAAAUGAAAUCGCAAAAAUUCUAAAUAAUGAUAAUUUAAAUGUUAGAAAUGAAGAAAUUGUGUGGGAAGCAGUUAUUCGCUGGAUUGAUCAUGAUCCUGAUAAUCGGACCACUCAUAUUACGAACUUAAUACCUUAUGUUCGAUUUGGACUUAUGGAACCCGAAUAUUUUAUUGAAAAAGUUAAAGAUAAUAAAUAUGUUUGCAAAAAUGAAAAGUGUCGUCCAAUUAUCAUUGAAACUAUAAAGUUUCUCUUUGAUCUGAAUAUCAAAACGUCAUGUGACAUUAAAUAUUACUUUCAACGUCCAAGAUUACCGCAUCAAAUACUUUUUGCCAUUGGAGGAUGGCUAGGGGAUAUCGCUUCUGAUUUCGUUGAAGCUUAUGACAUCAAAACUGAUUCUUGGACUGAGGUUAAAUUAAAAAAUUCUAUUGGACCCAGAGCUCAUCACAAAUGUACUGUGAUAGAUCAUAAAAUUUAUGUUAUUGGUGGAUAUGAUGGAACAGAAUUCUUUAAUACUUGCUAUUGCUUAGAUACUAAAACCUUAAUAUGGUCCGAAAUUGCUCCUAUGUAUUCACGCAGAUGCUACCUUAGUGUUGCAGUACUGAAUAAAAUUAUAUAUGCUCUUGGAGGAUACAAUGGAAUUGAAAGACAAAAAUCAGCUGAAAAAUAUAACUGUGAAACAAACCAGUGGGAGAUUAUCCAUUCAAUGAACGUGGGAAGAAGCGAUGCUUCUGCAACUACAUUGCACGAAUGUAUUUAUAUCGUCGGAGGUUUCAAUGGAACUGAAUUUUUAAAUUCGGUAGAAUAUUAUAAUCCAGAGAUAAACCAAUGGACUAUAAUUGAACCUAUGAGGAAUCAUCGAAGCGGGUGUUGCUGCAUCAGUCAUAAUGGAUCUCUUUAUGUCUUAGGAGGUUUUAAUGGAAUCGUGCGGUUAGCUAAUGGAGAAAAAUAUAAUCCACCCACUAAUAAAUGGCACUCUCUGCCAGAUAUGCUUCUUAGCAAAAGUAAUUCAGCAGUUGCAGUGUUAGAAAACUUAAUAUUUAUUAUUGGAGGAUUUAAUGAAAUUUUUACCACUUCUGCUGUGGAAUGUUACGAUCCGGACUCCGAACAAUGGAUUCAAGUCCAACCCAUGCAAUUAUCCAGAGCAGCUUUAGAUGUUGGCGUAGUCGAAAACCUUCCAAAUGUUCACGAAUUCGUGCCAACUAGACAUGAUACUAAUUAUUCAACUGUGUAUCAAAAACUAUAAUUUACUUAUUUGGAAAAUUUUUGAAGUUAUUGUUUUUAAAUGAUAAAAACUAUUUUCACUUUAAAAUAUUUUUGAUAACUCCAGUCAAUCAAUAAUAA